AGCAAACAUUUUUAUAUAUUGAAAGCAAAAUUAUUACUUUUGAUAUAAAAAAAGUGGGUUAAAGUUGACUUCAAAUACUAUUGGCUCACAAAGAAGUUGUUCCCUCUCAACUUUCUAUAAAUAGCCCGAGUUUAUAUAUAAGCCUUCAAGCUAUUAGCAAGAAGAAUCCCUAAGAAAAACAAUGCUUAAGAAAGGUGUCAAAUCUAGAGUCGUGCAAGUAGACUCUCAAGAAAAAUGGAACCACAUCACAUCUAAGCCUAUGUAUCAAGAUUCUCCUAUAAUAGUGAAUUUUACAGCAAUGUGGUGCAAGCCUGCAACAGCAAUGGAGCCACUGUUUCAAGAACAAGCUUUGAUACAUAAAGAUGCCAUUUUCUUAUCUGUUGAUGUGGAUGAGGUGAAGGGAUUGAGGGAGAAAAUGAAAAUAAAAGCAAUGCCUACUUUUUUAAUGAUGACAUCUAACAAAAAUAAAGAAUGGGAAGUGAUGGAUAAAGUUGUUGGUGCUAAUCCAAAAGAGAUCAAGAAGAGAAUAGCUGCUUUUAUUCAAUUUGGUUGCAUACAAGUCCAAAAUAACGUUGAAGUUUUAGAGUUUUAGUUAAUUAAGAACAAGUUAUUUCAAAAAAUAUCUUUAGAUAUUCUUCAAGAUUUUGGAAUAGGUUUGUAAUGUAAAUCCUAUAAAAAAAAAAGAUUGUUGUACACUUGUACUUUGAUCUAUCAAAUAAAACAUUCUAGUGAGUUUGUUAAAGUAUUUAAUAGUUAUUUAGGACGAUCUAGACAUACUCAAUUUGAAUAGUCGUCCACGAUUUAGGAUGUAUUUCUUUUUCCUCUUCCUGUAAAGUCCUAUAAACGUUGUAUUAGUAAUAUUAUACGUACAUGUAAAAGAGAAAAUUCAUAAAAUGACC